UCUUCUGUUGCGAACUGCUUGCUGUUUGUUUAUUCUGUUGCCAUCACAUGUGCAUGUCUGUUUUGUUAGUCGUAUCUGAUAAUUGACAAAUUGACGCUACAAUGCCAUUUGAGUAUGUCCUAGUACUGUCACCACUUGAUGGUCUAAUUAUCAAAUUAAUAGCAAACCAAAUAGUUUUAGCAGUGCACAGGGAAACACAAUUCCUUGUGCUGUUGAGCAAAGAUAUGCUGGACAUUAGUUAUGUGUUUACUGGAAUGACCAGCUCAUGAUGUUCUUUAGUGGAAAUGAUAUAUUCCUUGCAAGAACCAAAGUAACUCAUUUGGCGGUGAGUUAUGCGGAUAAAUGACUACUUACUGAAAUAUGAAUGUGUGGAGCAUUGGAUCCCAAAGAACUCCAAAAUGCAAUGAGGCCUUGAAUGGACUAUUAUCAGGAUGGGGAGACUGUCCUGAGAAGCUCCAUCAAGAGUGCCUCAUAAACACGCUUCUCCAGCUAAGUAUUUUCAAGAUACUGAAGGAUCAUGUCGUAGCAUGCCCCGUUGUGAGGCCCUUUGCCUGCCAUGUAGAUGGUUGCCCCUUCAGCUAUAGCAGGAAGGACCAUUUGAACAGACAUCUACUUACUCAUCAAGGGAAACUAUUUGCGUGCCCUAUCGAAGGGUGCAACCAUAAGUUCAGUAUCAAAGGUAAUAUGCAGCGACAUGUUCAGGAAAUCCAUAAGGAUGGUUCUCCUUGUAAAAGCAAGAAAGAAUUCAUUUGUCCAGAGGUUAACUGUGGGAAGACUUUCAAAUAUGGUUCCAAGUUAAAGAAGCACGAGGAUUCACAUGUCAAGCUGGACUACACAGAAAUUGUAUGUUGCGAACCAGGCUGCAUGAAAACUUUUACAAAUGUGGAAUGCCUCAAGGCACAUAGCCAAUCUUGUCAUCGAUAUGUUCAGUGUGAUAUCUGUGGCACUAAACAGCUAAAGAAGAAUUUCAAGCGCCAUUGUCGAAUGCAUGAAGGUUCCUGUGUUAAUGAAAGGAUCAAGUGCCACUUCGAGGACUGCAAAUGUUCAUUUUCAAAGAAAUCCAAUUUGGACAAGCAUGUUAAGGCGGUCCAUGAGCAGCACCGACCUUUUGUGUGCCAAUUCUCUGGUUGUGGCAAGAAAUUUUCGUACAAGCAUGUAAGGGACAAUCAUGAGAAAUCUAGUGCUCAUGUGUACAUUGAGGGUGAUUUUGUGGAGGCUGAUGAGCAACGACCACAUUCAGCAGGGGGGCGGAAGAGGAAACCCAUAUCUGUUGAGAGUUUGAUGAGAAAAAGGGUAGGGGCUCCUGAUGAUGCGCCUGCUCAAGAUGAUGCAACUGGGUAUUUGAGAUGGCUUCUCUCAGGUUGAUUCGUUGUCCUGAACUAGAAUGGAGAAGGAAUGCGAGAGAUCUUUGGACUCUCAAGCGCACUUGUGUAGUUUGAACUAUUCGCUAUGGUGCUUUGCAUGUAUAGGAAAAUGAUAACAAUAUGUUAGACCAGCAUGGUAGGGAUAAUGAUUUUCAGUAAUAUGCUGUAUUCAUUAGAUCUUCUGUCUUGACAUGCAAGAGUGGAUGCUUCGCAGCUUCAGCACAGUUUGCUAAUCGGGUUGACACGCUCAGGUUGGUAUGUCC